AUGAAGGAAGCGUACAUCAACAAAGAUCUGAAUGUCGAAAUUCGCGAAGUUCCCGUGCCUGCAGUUGGGCCAGGCGAGCUCCUCAUACGCACAGUUGUGUCGGGCACAAACCCCAAGGACUGGAAAAUGCCCAAACUAAUGGGUGGCGACGCAGCGAAUCGUGACGACGACAUCGCCGACUAUGUUGAAGCAGUCGGCGAAGGAGUCACUGGUUUUCGUCCGGGUGGCGACGCAGCGAAUCAUGGCGACGACAUCGCCGGCUAUGUUGAGGCAGUCGGCGAAGGAGUCACUGGUUAUCGUCCGGGUGACCGUGUCGCUGCCUUCCACCAGAUAUUUGCUCCUCAUGGUAGUUAUGCAGAGUACUCCGUGGCGCCCGCCAAGGCAGCCUUCCAUCUCCCCGCUACCACAGCCUUUGAAGAGGGUGCCACAAUCCCGCUUGCUGGCAUGACCGCGGCUCUUGGCGUCUACCGGAGUCUUCGCCUACCAUUCCCAUGGGAUCCGGUCACUGUCCCAACACCGUUAGUGGUCAAUGGAGCUGCGACGGCCGUGGGAGCCUUUGCCAUCAAGUUCGCAACCCUAUCCAACAUUCAUCCCAUUAUCGCUAUCGCUGGAAAGGGUAUUCCCUACGUGGAGACCUUGCUUGACAGUCGCAAGGGCGACAUAGUCAUUGACUACCGCCAGGGAGCCAAUCACGUUACCGAGCAGCUUCAAAAGACUGCUAAAUCGCAUGCCAUCUCUUACGCCUACGACGCUGUUUCUGACAAAGCGAGUUUGGAGAUGCUUUGUAAAGUUGUCUCCCCGAAUGGCGGGAAGAUCAUGAGUGUCAUACCCCAAGCUGACGAGGACAUUGGGGGAAUCACGGUGCUAGGAUCCAAUGCUACCUCUAUCCAUGCCCCGGCAAAUGAGGGAACUCAUGUGGGGGAUGCAGAGUUUGGUGCCACCAUUUACAAUUUGAUCAGCCUUGGCCUAGGCCAUGGCUGGUUCUCGGGACAUCCUUACGAAGUUGUUCAAGGAGGGCUAACUGGACUUGAGCGUGCGUUGAAGGAUCUUGAGGCGGGUAAGGCGUCCGCGACGAAGUAUGUUCUGCGCCUCGCGGAGACACCCGGGUUGCCCAAGGAUUAG